GGAGCAAGCGAGGGAGCCGAGCCGAGCCGAGAGAAAGAGCCGCCGGGCGCUGCCUCGCCAGACCUCGCAGGGACCGCGGGGCCACCGGGAGGCACUUUCCGUGGAGGGGAGUGGGGGCAGCCGCGGCGCCCGGAACAGCCGAGCGCAGCGUGGGGCGGGCUGCGACCUCUGCCUCAGUGGAUUGUAUUUUAAAUUAAGGAUUCCCAGCAGCUCUUCGGGAUUUUUACAGUUCCACUCAUGUGUUGACACCACGUUCUGGUGAAACUCGCUCUAAGAGCAUCUAGCGCCUGGGACCUGAGACGAAGUUGGUCUUUCGUGCAUGCAAAUCCCGGGAUUUUGGUUCUUUUUGGGGUUUCUUUUUCUUUUUUUCCUUUUGCAAGGGGUAAGAAAGGAGCUGAGGGUAUCAACAAACCUGCCUUUCGGAUUCUUGAGGAAAAGCCUAUGUAGUUAAGCCCUUGGGUUUUGGAGGCAGGCUUCCCAAGAACAUUUGGGGGGUUCGGCGCGAGCGCUUUGUGCUCACGGACCAGCCGCGCAACUUUUGAAGGCUUGCUGGCCCAUGCGGGAUCUUUCUGGCGGAGCGGUGCCUGCAGCCCCCCUAAAGCGUGGGGGCUGGAGUUGCUGAGCAGUCCGGCCGCCGGGUCCAUGUAGCCGCUGGCCCGGCGCGGACUGCGGCUCGGCGAGCGCGUGUUCCUGGCCGCCCUUGCCAGGCUGUCCUGCCUCGGCGAGCUCCCUCAUGUUGCAGCCCUGCGGCGCCCCUUCGACGACAAGCUGUGCGCGGUCUGCACGGCGCCCCGCGGCGGAGCUUCAUGUGGGGCUGCGGCCCGCGCAGCCGGCGCCUUGCUGAGGGAACGGACCCCCGGUAACCGGAGACCGCCUCCCUCCUUCCCCUGGCGCCAAACGAUAUCGUAUGUUCAGGUCCAAACGCUCGGGGCUGGUGCGGCGACUUUGGCGAAGUCGUGUGGUCCCCGAUCAGGAGGAAGGCGGCGGCGGCGGCGGCGGCGACGAGGAUGGGAGCUUGGGCUGCCGAGCUGAGCCGGCCCCGCGGGCACGAGAAGGCGGAGGCUGUGGCCGCUCUGAAGUCCGCCCGGUAGCCCCACGGCGGCCCCGGGACGCAGUGGGACAGCGAGGCGCCCAGGGCGCGGGGAGGCGCCGGCGCGCAGGGGGCCCCUCGAGGCCCAUGUCGGAUCCCGGGGCUAACGGUGGGGGCUCUCCUCUGGAAGUGGCGGAGCCAGGAGGCCCAGGCUGGCUGCAGGAGAGUGACUGCGAGACGGUGACCUGCUGUCUUUUUUCCGAGCGGGACGCCUCCGGCGCGCCCCGGGAGGCCGCCGACCCUUUGGCCAGGACUUCCCUGGAUCCGGUAGGCGGCGGGAGGAGUCGCGAAGCCCGCUCGCGGUUGCUGCUGCUGGAGCAGGAGCUCAAGACGGUCACGUACUCGCUGCUGAAGCGGCUUAAGGAGCGCUCGCUGGAUACGCUGCUGGAGGCGGUGGAGUCCCGCGGCGGCGUGCCGGGUGGCUGCGUACUGGUGCCGCGCGCCGACCUCCGCCUGGGCGGUCAGCCUGCGCCGCCGCAGCUGCUGCUCGGCCGCCUCUUCCGCUGGCCCGACCUGCAGCACGCCGUGGAGCUGAAGCCUCUGUGCGGCUGCCACAGCUUCGCCGCCGCCGCCGACGGCCCCACUGUGUGCUGCAACCCUUACCACUUCAGUCGGCUCUGCGGGCCAGAAUCACCACCACCCCCUUACUCUCGGCUGUCUCCUUGUGACGAGUACAAGCCACUGGAUCUAUCUGAUUCCACAUUGUCAUACACUGAAACGGAGCCCACCAACACCCUCAUCACUGCUCCAGGCGAGUUAUCAGACGCCAGCAUGUCUCCAGAUGCCACGAAGCUGAGCCACUGGUGCAGCGUGGCAUACUGGGAACACCGGACACGAGUGGGCCGCCUCUACGCGGUGUACGACCAGGCCGUCAGCAUCUUCUACGACCUACCUCAGGGCAGCGGCUUCUGCCUGGGCCAGCUCAGCCUGGAGCAGCGCAGUGAGUCAGUACGGCGAACACGCAGCAAGAUUGGCUUCGGCAUCCUGCUCAGCAAGGAACCGGAUGGUGUGUGGGCCUACAACCGUGGCGAGCAUCCCAUCUUCGUCAACUCUCCGACGCUGGACGCGCCUGGCCGCACCCUCGUUGUGCGCAAGGUGCCACCUGGCUACUCCAUCAAAGUGUUCGACUUUGAGCGCUCGGGCCUACUCCAGCACGGGCCAGAAACGGAUGCCACCGACGGCCCCUACGACCCCAACAGUGUCCGCAUCAGCUUUGCCAAGGGCUGGGGGCCCUGCUACUCGCGGCAGUUCAUCACCUCCUGUCCCUGCUGGCUUGAGAUCCUCCUGAACAACCACAGAUAGCAGCAGCUGCCGAGGCAACAGCUCUGUGUGGAGGGCCAGGCAGGGAGGCUGUGGCCACCGCCAUCAGCUCACCGCAAAGGGGCCAGCGCGCCCAGAGACACAGCUCCCAUGGACGAAACUCCCCAAAUAUAAUCUACCUAGAUUUAAUAUAAAGUUUUAUAUAUUAUAUGGAAAUAUAUAUUAUACUUGUAAUUAUGGAGUCAUUUUUACAAUGUAAUUAUUUAUGUAUGGUGCAAUGUGUGUAUAUGGACAAAACAAGAAGACGCACUUUGGCUUAUAAUUCUUUCAAUACAGAUAUAUUUUCUUUCUUUUCUUCCUUCCUCUUCUUUGUUUUUAUUUUUUAAGAAAAUGAUACAGCAGAGCUAGGUGGAAAAGCCUGGGUUUGGUGUAUGGUUUUUGAAAUAUUAAUACCCAGACAAAAAGCUAAUACCAGUCACUCAUUGAUAAUAAAGUAUUCGCAUACAGAUUUUUUU